AGUUCGUAAUCAUUACAAAUAAACAUAUGGACGUAUGUUAACCAGAGAGAUGUCUGGUAUUAACUUACAAAAACACAGUGUAUUUGUAUCUCACAUUGGACAUACGUUCUACCUGUUGAUCUUACUUCUGACAAGCCUAUCAACGACAGAUGCUGUAACACUAGCCGGGUCGUCUGAGUACGCUAUCCCCGGGAGUGACUUUACUUUGACGUGUGACGUACCAGAUGAGGCCAUUGCUGUUAUAUUUUACCGCCGUCCUGACGUGUCUACUCCAGUAGGUAGUGUAAAAGUAGUUGGUAGUCAAUGUUACAACCCGCCCGACCUCUGUACACCGGAUGUCUGUUCCUGUGUUACCACGUCGACUGAAGGACGUGGUACAGUGUUUCGGUGGGUCAUACAGCCACAGGAGGGAGAUCAUGGAUCCGUGUGGUUCUGUACCAGCUUUAACCUGCCUGACCAAAUAAUUAACAGUCCAGACUACACACUCAGUGUGGCAGAUGGUCCUGGAGCAGCCGUAGCUUUGUCCCCACCUGACACUUCCUACACCAGGAACGAGGGGGACACGUUACCGGACAUCACCUGUACAGCUGACUGUAGACCUGACUGUACCUUUGUCUGGACAAAACCUGACAACACCAACUUUACUGCCUCAGCUGUGUUGUCACUUGGACAACUGAACAGAUCAGAACACGGAACGUACAGAUGCACUGCUGGGAAUGUUAUCGGGACGUCAAGUAUCACUACCAGUGUAAACGUACAAUAUGGUCCUGGAGCAGCGGUAGCUUUGUCCCCACCUGACACUGCCUACACCAGGAACGAGGGGGACACGUUACCGGACAUCACCUGUACAGCUGACUGUAGACCUGACUGUACCUUUUUCUGGACAAAACCUGACAACACCAACUUUACUGCCUCAGCUGUGUUGUCACUGGGACAACUGGACAGAUCAGAACACGGGACUUACCGGUGUACAGCUGGGAAUGAAUUCGGAGAGUAUGAUACAACAACCAAGGUGUCUAUACAAUUUUGUGAUGACGCCUGUCCAUUUUAUAGACAAAUGUUCGUUACCUCCAUUGUUCUUACCUGUGUCUCCGUUAUCAUACUGCUCAUCAACCUAGGGAUUGGUGUGUUUGUGACACGAUUUGGACACCUUCCAUUUAUGAAACGGCGGAUGAAUAGGCCAAACACGUCCCCUCAACCGUUCUCAAGCAUCGAAGAUUCCGGAAACGCAAUGGCAGGAAUAGCAUCUGGUCAGGAACGAAGUAUGUAUACUGAAUUGGAUACGACAGACUUUGCAGCACAAAACGUGUACGACCAAGCGAGACCUGCACACGAUAUUGUCUUGGACGGAAGAGCAGAAAGAAGCAAUUAUGAAACACUGGGAGAAGUAUCGGGUCCAAAUGUAUACGAGGAACUCAAGGAAAGGAGAGGUUCAAGCUCAAAAUAAAGCUAUAUCAACAUGUCACUCAUUAAGGACGGAUAGACAGCGACCAAACUACGGAAGUUUGAUGUUUGGGAACCCAUCAUUGGUCAACUGAUUUAACCCAGAUGGCAGAAGUGUAUUUUCUUUCAUCUAAAAUGUGUCAUUCGUGACUCUAAGAUGUUAAAUAUGUACAGGUUAAAUGACAUGCAAUGUUUUAAACGGAUGGAAUGGUGCUAUUUUUUUGUCAAAUAUACUAAUGCAACAAAUACCUAAUUAUUCGCUGUUUAUGACAACAUGUUUACAAAUAUGCAAUUAUAACAUCUACUGUAUAUAAACAUUAAUGCAACUUAACAUUUCAAGCAAAAAAAAGUGAGGUUGUUCAAUGUCCAAUUUAUGAAUCACAUACUACGUCUUAAAACUAUAUUUAUGUCCUUUUAUAGGAAAACACAUGUCCAUAACGGUUUACGCCUCAGGACGAUAUUAAAAUGUUUGGAACGAUUGUGGUAACUUUAAAGGCCGAGUAAAUGAAUAAUGCUAACAGUUUUUUUCUAACCAGUAUUUUUCCACCAUUUUCUACAAUAAGGCAGAAAAACAACAAUCAUCUGUCCAAACACAUAUUGUUGUAGUCAGUGUAGGCGCAUGACAAAAAUGUUGAGAAAUUUAAUGGUAAUGACGGGUAGGGAUUAACAAUUGAUUAACAUGUCAAUCAUUUUUAUAAAAAAAAAUCAAAAAAAUCAGAUUAUGUUUCCUCUCUAGAAAACAAACAGAAAAUAAAGGGCAAGGUAUUCUGGGCUAGGUAGUUAUAGGAGCAUCAAUCACACUUUUGUUUAUUUUAUACUAUAGCAACAUGAACAUGACGGUGUAGUAUGAAAAAUUUAUUAGAUUUUAAACAAAACACUGAACAUAUAUUGUUUUCGAGUUCCAAAAUGUAGAACAUUGUAUAAAUCUUCCCUUCACACUCAAUAAACCAUCCUUUACCUACUAGGACUAGGACCUGUCCAUACUUUAGAAACACCAGAGUUAUUGUGGUACAGUGUAUGUGAAGUAAGAAUCAUUAUAAAUCCUGUUGAUUCCUGUAGUAGUAAAUAUUUCCUCCGAAUCUUCUUAAUUGCAUCAUAUCAAUGAAUAUGCAGCGACUAGGUAUCUGCGUUAACACAGUGGUUCAUUAAAAUGUAUCUUUUUAGUAUGUACACAUACCAUUAGAGGCAUACUGAUAUGGGUCAUACGUUAUGUUUAUAACACCACCAGAGUUUGACGUUCUGUAAAUAUAACAUGCAUGUGAUAGUAUUCAUGCAAACAAAAUCCCUAUACUAUAAUUGUGCAUGCAGACUAUUUUAUCAGAGGAUACUAUAUUGACAGAAAGUCAAACUCAUGUGAUGACCAAAAUAUACAUGAUAUACUAAUAUGGGUCACAAUGCAAAUAACCUUACUUAAUCACAUUAAUGUGUAUGAUUAUAAACAUUAGUAACGAACCCGAAUGGGUUUUGUCGCUGGGAAUAAGCGUUCUAUUUUUAGAACACAUAACGAGUACGACUGGACAAUACAGAAUUAGCUAAAACCUAAAUGUGAAACCUGGUAACUGGGGCAUGUUCAGUUCACCAGGAAUCAACACAACGUACCAACGUUAUUCUUUGGGGAAGGAUUUUGCUUUGUCGGUCGACUAUCGGUAAGAUGUAUCAUAUAAAACAGACAAUAAUGUUUGAUAAUCAACACAGUUUAAAUGACGUUUUAUAAAAUGAGUUUAAUGACUAAUUUGCUUUUUCAAUAGAUUUUAACGAUAUAUACAGAUACCAUUUAAAAGCAAGCAGAGGUUGGCAUAUCAAUUUAAGCUUUCAAUCUCCGUUAAUAAUAAUAAUAAUAAUAGUAUACAUUUGAUACAUCGCCCUAUCUAGCUAGCAUUAGCCACUCAAAAGCGCUAUACAGUACAUAUACAACUAAUACAAUUAGCAGAUAUACAUUAACCAAUACAAUUUUGAGGAAUUCGUAGGAGCUGCCUUAUCAAGCGCGAAAUACUAGUCAUAUGUCACCUUGCUAAUAUCUCUCUAUGUGUGUAUGCCUGUGUGUGUGCUGGAAAUGCGGUGUGUUAUUUUUGUUAUGGAACCGUGCUUCCAACGGUAUCAUUUAUAUUGCCACCUCACUUGAAUGAUACAGCACAGAUACCGCAGCAUCCACCCCAUACCAUUUUGUAAUCCACCUGGGUUGUUCGAGUUGUGUGGGCAGGAGAAAAAACACAUUUCUCUGAAUAUUCAUGUGUACGACGACAUCGGGGAUCGAACCCCUGUCGCCUUUUUAUUUGCUCAUUAUACCAUCGGCAAUGAAUAUUGUUAUAUAAUUUCAAACACCCAUAGUUUGAAACCAUUUUGACAGAUGUCUUCUGAAAAUUGCUUCCAUGAUUAAAACUGUUACAUAAAUAUUUCGAAUAAAUUCUGUAUUGUUGUGCUUUGAUGCACGUGG